UUCUGUUUUCCAGGCAUCUAGUGGAAAUUAUUAUUUCAUCCCGUACAUCGUGACACCGUGUGCUGAUUAUUUUUGCUGCGAGAGUGACGCCCAGAGGCGUGCCUCAGAGUACAUGCAGCCCAACUGGGACACCAUCCCGGGUCCGCUGUGUGUGCCCCUGGUGGACAGGUUUAUUAGCCUCCUCAAGGACAUCCACGUGACCUCAUGCGCUUACUACAAAGAAACCUUGUUAAAUGACAUCCGGAGAGCCCGAGAGAAAUACCAGGGUGACGAACUGGCAAAGGAGCUGGCUCGGAUCAGACUUCGCUUGGACAACACCGAAGUCCUGACCUCGGACAUCAUCGUUAAUUUGCUGCUGUCCUACCGCGACAUCCAGGACUAUGACGCCAUGGUGAAGCUGGUGGAGACCCUGGAAAUGCUGCCUACGUGUGACUUGGCCGACCAGCAUAAUAUUAAAUUCCAUUAUGCAUUUGCACUCAACAGGUAAGAGUGAGACCUGCUGCCUGUUAAAUUCUUCUUUCAUUCAACCCUCACUGAGCCAGAUCGGAUGCUAAAUGCCAAGGUUAUGAAAAUGGGCAAGGCAUCUGGUCUUGGUGUUCAUGGAUUUUGUCUUUGGAACGUAUAUUCCAGCCAUGAGUUCAGACAUGUAACUAAAGCCCUAGAGCUCAGAGCAAUAAAUGCCUUGAUGAGGGUUUGCCCCAAAUGCUGUGGAAGUCUAACGGAGGGAGGAAGUCCUUCCACUUGGGGCUUUUAAAGAGGCUUCCCUGGGGUCUUUAGGGCUGGGUUUGGAAUUCGUAGUAAGAAUUACCUCACAUGCAGAAGAGAGUGUGGGAUGGGGUGGUGAAAAGGCCAUUCUACUUGGCCAGAGCAGAAAUGGGAGCUUAGUGUUCUUCAUGUGCAGUGGGCCUUCAGGGAACAUCCAUGGCCUUCAGGGAACAUCCAGGGCGAUUAGAGUACAGGAUGCCCCGGAAGCAAAAGCAUGCCCUGAGGCUAAGUGUGGAGGCUGGGACUAUGUCUUGAAAGGACCUCAUAUACAUGAAUAAGAGGUUGAUAGUAUCUUGUGGAC